AUGGCCUUCCAAUCACCAAUGCCAAGUAGAGAAUUCUUGUGGGACAUAUUUAGAAGGGUUGACAAAGAUAGAAGUGGCUAUAUUUCUGCAGAUGAAUUACAACUGGCUUUAUCAAAUGGCACUUGGAAUCCUUUCAACCCAGAAACUGUACGUCUCAUGAUAGGUAUGUUUGAUAAACAAAACAGGGGUGCUAUAUCUUUUGAAGACUUUGGAGCUCUUUGGAAAUAUGUUAGUGAUUGGCAGAAUUGCUUCAGAUCGUUUGAUGGGGACAAUUCGGGAAAUAUUGAUCGGCAGGAAUUGAAAAAUGCUUUAACUGCUUUUGGAUACCGCCUCUCUGAUGAGGUGGUGAAUAUUAUGGUGCAGAAGUUUGAUAGAUUUGGAAGAGGGACAAUUCUCUUUGACGACUUUAUUCAAUGCUGUGUCACUCUCUAUACUUUAACCUCUGCAUUCCGCCAGUAUGACACUGAUCAAGAUGGAGUCAUUACAAUACAUUACGAGCAGUUUUUGAAAAUGGUGUUUGGCUUGAAGUGCUGGCCGUAA